GGUCCGUCAACCAGGAUCUACAAGGGUCUGCAGGGGUCGUGGAAAUUUGGCCUCCGUAAUUCGUCCCGAGACUGGGAUGAGCACGUGUCUCCGGCUUUCCUCCAGCGACUGUCAAUUAACUACUUACCUCUUCACAGGGCCAUGACCAUCCGUCCAUCCGUCCACCCUCAGCUACAGGGUAAACCCACCCAUCACGAUCCCGCGUGUGCCAACGUGGGGGCUUUCGGCGCUCUGAGACAGGACCAUCUUCAACCCCCUAGCCCACCACGGCCCCACGAAUAUCAUCGUCCCGCGAUUCAGUAUCCUUGACCGAC